UGCUCUCAUACGCCUGCCACCGUCAGGCUGGGCUCCAGAUCAGAAACCCUAACAAUAAAAAGCCUCCCCUGCGUCUCUUGGAUUCUCGUAUUCCCCCCAGCCCUCAUCUUGGUUGUCUCAUGGCGUGCAUGCUCGAUUUCCGGUGCCUCGACGAAGGCCUCGGCGGCCAGAAGAACAAGCGCAAGAGAUCCGAAUCCGAUGGCACCGAAACCAUGGACGUCGACCCCCACGCCGCCGCCGCCGGCGGGGAUGGCAUCCUUCCGCCGUCCAAGAGGCCCGCCCUCCCGUCCCUUGAGAACCCGGAGAAGCCGGCCUUCGGCCGGCCCACCUACGAUGGCGUCAUCGCCGGCAAGGUCUCCGGCAGGAAGUGGAAGCAGGCCCGCCCCCGACGGGCGUCCGCCAUCGCCGCCUCCCGCCGCGGCCUCUCUCUCGAGAUCCGGACGAAAGAGAAGGAGCUGAAGCGGGCAUUCCGGGAGCGAAAGGAGGAGCUCAAGGAGGAGAUCCGGCGGAACAAGGAGGAGAAGAGGAAGAGGAGAGAGGAGAGGGAGAAGAGGAAGCAGGAGAACACUCUGAGGACGGGCACGAUGCUCCAGAAGAUCACCAACCCCAAGACCUUGAAGAAAAUAACCAAGUCGAAGCAGAGAAAGCUGCUCAAAGUCGUCCCGGAUGAGCUGCUCAACAAGAAUAACAGCAAUAACAAGAAAAAAUAGGGCCUUCUGGUGACUUCCAGUUCCAUCAUUCCUUUUCUACGUUAAUGUUAAUUUUGAUAUGUUUGAUGGUUCUCUGAUGGUGGGACUUGGUGAAUUGACUGGGUUUGGUUGCAUGAGUAGGUAUACUUUGACAAAAAUUUUGGGAAGAACUAGAUUUUUUCUGGUGCUAGAUCGUGGUUCCUAUACAAUAUUGAGCUAAAGUUGUGAUGUUGCCCUU